UCAUGCUGCUGCCAAGUCCAAAGUCUCUCAUGGGUCCCUGUACGGCCCAAAGUCCUCAUGGGUCCCAUUGCUGCUGUCUCUCCAUCGCCACACUCUGCCAUGUGCCACUUUCAGGUCUCCUCACACUGCUGGUGUGUUGAAUUUUUUGACAUAGGGUGCUGGCAGAUUACGGGCCUCCCCCAUAGCUGCUGCCAGGCCCCUAAUCUGCCAUGGGCCCCUAUAUACCGCCUCCUCAUGCUGCUGCCAGGUCCAGAGUCUGUCAUGGGUCCCUGUUCGGCCUCCCAUUGCUGCUGUCUCCAUCGCCACACUCUGCCAUGUGCCACUUUCAGGUCUCCUCACACACUGCUGGUGUGUUGAAUUUUUUGAC